AAUGCCGCGUGCUGACGCCUAAAUUGCGCCUUUUUCAAGUUUUCAAGUCUGCGUGAAGAGAUAAAAGUGUAUACUGUAGUGCUAGGAAUAGAGAUCGACAAAAUGUAUGCCGCAGUGAAGCCGCUGUCGAAGUACUUGCAAUUCAAGUCGGUGCACAUUUACGAUGCCGUGUUCACCAUCCACUCAAAGUGCACGGUGGCCCUGCUGCUGGCCUGCUCUUUUUUGCUCUCCUCGAAGCAGUACUUUGGCGAUCCCAUCCAGUGCAUGCGCGACCACAACGACAUGGACUUUAUCCACGCCUAUUGCUGGAUGUACGGAGCCUACGUCAGCACCAACAUAACGGAGCCGCCAACUCCAUUUGGUCACGAGCGCUGCAAGCCGGGUGGAUAUGGUGGAACAGUGCCCUUGGCCCAGCGCCGUUAUCUACGCUACUACCAGUGGGUCGUGCUGGUGCUGCUCCUGCAGUCGUUUGUGUUCUAUUUGCCGGCAUUUUUGUGGAAGAUCUGGGAGGGCGGCCGCCUGAAGCAUCUGUGCAUGGACUUCCAUCAGACUGCAGUCUGCAAGAAGCGGAGCAACGCUCACUUGCUUGUACUGGUCAAGUACUUUACGAGCGACUACAAGGAGACGCACUUUCGCUACUUUGUCAGCUAUGUGUUUUGCGAGAUCCUGAACCUGGCGAUCAGCAUUGUGAACAUGCUACUUUUGGAUGUGUUCAUUGAGGGUUUCUGGACUCAUUACGUGGACGCUUUCCUUGCGGUCUACUCUGGCGACUGGCACAUGUGGAGCAGCAUCACCAAACGCGUAUUUCCCAAGUGCGCCAAAUGUGAGGUAGUCAGAUUCGGUCCUAGCGGAUCGGACUCUUCAAUGGACACCCUUUGCCUGUUGCCCCUGAAUAUUCUAAACGAGAAGAUCUUUGCCUUCUUGUGGGUCUGGUUUAUGGCAAUGACAUUUCUGGCUGGCCUCAAGCUCUUCUUCCGCAUAAUUACCAUGUGCAAUGGCUGCAUACGCUUCCACAUUAUGCGGGCCAGAGCACGUCUCAUGCCCAAGUCGCAUCUACAGCUCGCCCUGCAAAACUGCAGCUUUGGCGACUGGUUUGUCCUGAUGCGUGUGGGCAAUAACAUUAGUCCCGAGAUGUUCCGUAAGUUGCUCGAAGAGCUCUACGAGGCCAAGUCCCAGCGCAAGUUGCCGCCUGGAGCGGACGAAAUCUAACCAUGAUACCCAUUUAAAUUUCUGACAUUUUCCUAUCAACAAUGAAGUUGUUUCUUUUGUUUUCCCGCGUGGUUGGACAAGUACUUUAUUCAUUCAUAUUCAUAUUGUUAUAAUCUACUCCCUAAUCGAUAUGUAAGCAUUAUCGAGAUUGUAUUCUACUUGUUUAUUAUCUCAAUUCAAGUUCCUUCUUAGCUAAGCAAAAUGUUGCAUUUACUUACACAUACUUUAUAACGUAUAUUAUUGAAUAUAAUUUUGUAACUUUA